AUGACUAUAACACACGAUCGUAUUAUAAUUGCCACUGUGUUCUUGGUAUCAUUGGCCUUGUUGGGCCUGACCAUUGGAACCUUUUGCAAGGAUUGGUAUGAAAUAGAUAUACCUCUUAACCAAAACAGGACAAGUUGGGAUGUCUACUCAUUCGGUCUAACAAGAUAUACAAAGACAAGUGGAACAUUCUCAACAGUGGCGGCAUUCGAGGGAUUGACAUUCUUCCCGUUGGCAUUGAUGUUCAUAUCGUAUAUAUUGUACUUUGUAAAGGAUCGCGAUAUUGUCUUUCAACAUUUGGCAUUCAGCAGCUCACUGGCGGCAUUCGUCUUCCAACUGAUUGGAUUCCUAUCGAUACUGAGCGUCACUGGUAACUUCAACGAUCAAAAGUUCCAAAAGUGCAAUGGACUCUAUUAUUGUCAUUCAUUCUCGGGUGAGGCCGAAGGACUGACGUGGGGCCCAUCCGAGGGUCUGUCACUAGGCGUCGCGGCACUAGUAUGCUCCUUCUUCAACGCUGUCCUAUGUACAAUAUUCAACUUUUCCAGGCUUGGAACGCCCAUCACACCAAAGAUAAACCCAUAA